CAGUGGAUAACGCUGUUACUGACACUAAUACGUUACUCACCGCCCAGCCGUCAGCGGCCGACCAGUGCGCAGUUGGUGUCUGUUCGCGCGCCAUGGAUAACCUUCCACGCCGCGGGCCAACGGGUUUCAGAAGACGUCACCUAGUGACAGUCCUCGCGUUCCUUGGGAUCUUCAUCGUGGAAAAUCUCAGGUGGACCUUCGUCAACGCUAUUGAACAGAUUAGAACUCCCUACAAUGUCACCCUGGACAACGGAAAAGUUGUGGAGAAAAGAAACCUCAACUUUGACUUGCUGGAAUUAUCACAUAUCAUGAGCGCCUCCUUCUACGGAUAUGUCGCCACUGAGAUUCUAGGAGGGUGGCUAGGUGCCUGUCUGGGUGGCAGUCGAGUGUUCGGUGUGGGGGUGGCCUUCACAGCACUGUUUUCCUUUGUUAUGCCUUUUGUGGUCCAUGGAGGCACAGCCAAAUCACUGAUAACCAUCAGAGUCAUUCAGGGUCUCUUUGAGGGUGUCACUUACCCGAGUAUUAUCGCCGUCUGGUCUCGAUGGGCGCCUCCCCAGGAGCGGGCUCGCCUGGUUACCAUCGCCUUCUCGGGCGGCUUUUUUAGUUUCCUAGUCAAUCCCCCAGUUUGUCGCUUCAUCGCCUAUACCUUAGGCUGGUCGUUUAUCUUCUACAUCACAGGUAUCCUCGGGUUAAUAUGGUGUGCUGUUUGGUUGACUGUGGUGAAGGACAAACCGGAAGACGACCCUCAAAUCUCCACAGAGGAACUAAAGUACCUUAGAGACAAUCUUGAUUGUGGACCUAAUGACUCUAUUCCUAAACAUAUUGUCUAUCCUUGGGACGAGUUCGUCAAGUCGAUGCCUGUAUGGGCCAUAGUUGUGGCUCACGCCUGCACGAGCUAUGGCUUCAAUUCACUGAUUAUUGGGAUACCGUUGUUCUUGAAAGAUACACACAACUACCAGUUAGAUAGCACGGGGCUCUUGUCAUUGCUGCCGUAUCUAAUGAUAACUGUCUUGAUGCCGGUCGCUGGAGUAUUGGCCGACUGGUUGAGGAACGCAGAAUUGCUCACUACCACACAUGUGCGGAAAACUUUCAUCUGUAGUACCUUCAUAAGUCAGGCGAUAUUGAUUUUUCUUGCAGCACGUAUAGACUCUUUCAACGGUACGUCAUUGUGUCUGGUACUGGCGUUAGGGCUGACAGCGUUCUCCUGGGCUGGCUUCAGUGUAAACCACCUGGACAUAGCGCCUCAGCAUGCCAGUGCUCUAAUGGGAUUUUCCAAUACAUUUGCAAGCAUUCUAGGCUUUCUGAGUCCCAGUCUUCUUAUCUACUUCAUGAAAGAUGGGAGGCUGCACCAUUGGCAGUACACGUUCAACGUAAUCGUUGCCGUCCAUCUCUUGGCGUCACUCUUCUACUGUGCAUUCGCUUCAGGAGAGAGACAGCGUUGGGCUCCCCCUGCACCCACCCCAGAAUCAGAGAGCCUAUCACUCCCACAACGAAGCCAUGUCAUCUGAUCCUGUAUGAGGAAUUGUAAUUAAACUGUUGGUAUGUUUGUUACUGAGCUUUAAUUCCAUAUAUUCAAAACUAUGUACUAAAGCCACAGUGCACAACUACAGUUUUGAAACCUAGUUGAAUAUAUUAGAGAACUGAACAUAGAGUUCAAACAUAAAUAAAAUACUAUAUAAAAAUAUGACUAAAAUGCUUAAUUUUUCGUUCAUGGAUAUACAAGCUACACAGAUUUUAUGUCACGUCAUAAUUGUCCUAGUUAGAUUUAAAUAAUAAAAAUACGAAAUAUAAAAAAUGUUCAUAUUAGGUAUGGAAUAAUAGAUUACCGAGUACUGUAAACUCUGACAAAGUGUAAAGCUUCCCAUACCAUGAGUGAGGUUUGUGAAUAUUUAGAGAAAUUGCAAUCCAGUACUCCACACUGUUCCUCCGUUCCAUGACAUAUAUAUUCCACAUGUACUUCAACUGAUUUAUCAUCCUGAUCAACCCCCAGUAGCUGAGGGCUAAGACUGUGUUUGAUUAUUUAACCACAAUGAAGAUGUUUACCAAAGUCUAAAGUGGCCACAUAAACCAAUUAUUUGGAUAUCACUUUGUAUCACAGAUUUAAAUGGGUAUUACAUACAAACAAUGUGGCUAAAAGAUUAAAAGCUAUAUUUAGGAAGCUCUAGUACUUAAAAGAAAUACCCUUCCCUGUUCAACACUCAAGGUAAUUUAUAAGUCGAUGAAUAAUCCUUGAUGUAGUACGGACUUGAGUUAGAGGGUACAACUUUCAUGGAUAGUUUGCAAAGAUCUCUAUCUCAAAUGGCAUUUUUCCUCAAUUACAACACAAUUUAAAAAUUUCCGAUAGCCUUUUGCUAUAUAAAUAAAUACCUUAGAUUCCAAACAGCUUUUUAUACUAAAUAUAAUUAAUAAAUACCAUUUUUCUGAAUCUAUGUAAUCAGAAAACUCAAAAACAUGCUAUAUAUAUAUAUAUAUAUAUAUAAAUAAAAAUUAUAGAAUUCCAACAUUUUAUACAAGAUUUCCCUUGUAAUACGAGUAGUUAUGGGAAAAAAUUCGCUGAGUUCCAAAACAAUUUAAUCAAUCCUAAAGAAUUGCUGACAUUUAAAAAUUGUUACAAGGUUAAGCCUUACACACUUUACGCUGCUUGAAAUGGUAAAUAAUGACUAAUAGGAGUAUACGUGUGAAAAAUGAAUAGUUUUAUCAUUGAUAAAUAGCUUACUGUAUCCAUACGCCGAAUACUAUGAACAAUGAGUAAGGCAUGUCGUCAACACAUUAACACAGGUUGUAGCCUGAUGCCGUAUCACAUUGUACUCUCGAACCAAGACAUAAAUAACUUGACAUCUAAAUUAAUCUUGCAUUAAAUUUUUCGUAUAAUAUAAAGAAUAAGUCGACAAUGCCUGAGCCUCCAACUACCUAUUUCUUAAAUUUUUUACUCACAUAUCAAUAUCUAAAAGGUUAAAGGUUUUUUAAAACUAAAUAAAUAAAUAACAAUAAUGUCAUUUAUGAGCACUGUGUAUGAUACAGCUGGUACGUUGUCCUAAUGCUAAGUCUGUUCCAUUACCAGAUCAAACACCAAAUUAAUUGUUAAAAAAUAAGUUAAAUUCUUCCAAUAAUUUCCUUAGUUAAAAUAUAAACUAUCUUAGCUAUGUUACUGAUUAGCGAUAUUGGGCGAAAUACUGACACAUCAGUGUCAUACCCGUUCUUAUUUAUUCAUAGGUACAACUAUAGCGAUUUUAAACUCAUCAGGAAAUAUUCCCUGUUCAAGAGACUUGUGUGACUGAAGUACAAUAAUGGUACAAAUAUCUAUAUUAUUAUUAUUAUUACUACGUUACUUAUAGACAUCCAAUCCAUAACUACUCUUCAUUUUUUUCCUUUGAAUUAUCCUACAAAUAUCUGUUUCAAGUAAAUCAUAUUUAUUUAAUAAUACGCGCGUGUGCACGCGUUUGCGUGUGUGUGUGUGUGUGUGUGUGUGUGUGUGUGUGUGUGUGUGUGUGUGUGUUAUAAAUAUUCUAAUAAAUGUUUUAUUAGAUUGAUGUGGAUGGAUGUUGCAUAUAAAGGUAGUAUAUAUAAUAUAAUAUACAAUUUUGUAAUUAUGCAUUUUUUUAAAAUUCCUUUACAUGUAGUCUAGUUGUACUUUCGUUUAUAAAUAGCUAUAAACACUGACGCCAGAAGUGCGUUCGAUUUUGUUGUUGUUAAUUAGUAAGUAUUUGUAUUUAGAAGAUGUUUACAGUAAAGAUGGGUACCCAACAAUAAAUUAUUUGUAAAUUGUUGGAACCCAAAAUGUGUAUGUUUCUUGCAAAUAAAAUUCUGGACACUUCUUGA